AUGGUUUCCGUAGUGUCGGUUGGCAGUAUCAGUAUAAAAGUGCUUAAAUUGGUAAUGAACUUAAUUAUUCUCAUCUUGUAUCGAACGGGAUACGGAGGAGAGUUUCUAGGUGUAGGUGGAACGUGGAACCUAAACGAGGACAAGAGCCCCGACGCAGAAAUCGUUGCUUCCGGUGUCUUUGUUGGUUUUUUCAUUUACACCAGCGUUGUAUUGAUGACUUAUUGUUUUAAUAGUACGGAGCAUAAAAAAAGUCUUGUUGAAAUAAUUAUGAAUAUCGUAGGAAUGUUCAUGUUCCUUGCCGUAGGAGGAACAGCUCUACAUUAUUGGCACGGUUAUCAAUCGGAACACAAGUAUAUCCAUGUCGCAACGGAGAGACAGAUUGGUCUAGCCGUGGGCUCGCUUUGUGUUUUGGAAGGAGCAGCGUAUCUACUCGAUACUUUAUUGAGUUUCUACGAAUUCGCUCAGAGUGAAUAUAAUUAA